CAAAAACGAAAAUUAGAGGAAAAUUCCGGCUUUCUUACUGUACUGUGCACAAGGAAGAUCUCUCCACCCUCGCCGGUUUCGAGUUGCGCCGAUCGGAAGUUUUGUCAAUCUCGUUUCAUUUUUCUCUAGCGUUUACCAUAAUUCGUCGAAAAUUCAUCUGUCUGCUUCGUCAGCCUAAACCUAAGCAUUUUCUGCGUGGUCUUGUGGAGCAGAAAUGGUUUCUGCACCCAAGGACUUUCAAGGUGCAGCUUGAAAUCCUUUGAGUUGGAGAUUCAAGUUGCUGUACUUAUAUAUCUUUAGACAUUGUUACGUUUCAUGCCUUUGGUAUGGAGAUGGAGCCAUUGGUAUCUUUGGGCUAUGGUGCGCCCCUUCAUACAGAGACUUCAGUUCAGGAUCAGAAUCCUUGUGUUCUGACAUCUACUCCGGAUCCCAUGGAACCACAACAGCCUGUGAAAAAGCAAACUAGGCAAUGGGCUGCUUGGACACGUCAAGAGGAGGAAAGCUUCUUUACUGCACUGCGACAAGUUGGAAAGAACUUUGAGAAGAUCACUCAUCGUGUUCAGACUAAGAAUAAAGAUCAGGUCCGGCAUUAUUACUAUCGUUUGGUGAGGCGUAUGAACAAGUUGCUGGGUCCUGGAUUAUGUCUGGAUGCAAAAGAUUCUAAAGAUACCAAUGCUGCAAUGCUUCGAUGGUGGGCAUUAUUGGAGAAAUACAGCUGCAAAGCUUCAAAACUUCAUCUGAAGCCACGAAGAUUCAAGAUAUUCUUGGAGGCCUUGGAGAACCAACUGAUAAAAGACCGAAAGAAGAAUGUUAGGAAACGCCCUUUGCAGGGGGAAACUGGUUCUCCAACGGGCAUCAGCACUGUUGCAAAUCAGAAUAAAGCAUCAACUCAAGAUAGUCGGGCUGUUAAGCUGGUUCUCGUAGAUGGUCAAAGUAUACAAAAGUUAGGAUCAAGUAAAGGACCAUUAAAGCGCAAUGUUAAUGUGGGUGUUGUCCGACAUACAAAUAAAGGAGGAGACUCAGGUAUAAUGAAACCUCCGCGGCAAAGACGAAAACCAGGUGUGACCACAUCAGCUGCAUACCAAAAGUGGGAGAGGGCUGCAAUUGCGGGGGUUUCUUUGGUUGCCGAUGCUGCUGAACAUUUGGAGAUGACAGAAAUUGAUAAGGAUGUGGAUGAUGGCCAGGUAGUUCAAGCACAAAAGGGUCUGGAACUUGUUGAUAAAGCUUUGGUCCCUCUUCCAGCUUCUUCACAUCUCCAGAAUGUAGACAACAACACCUACAGUAGUACUAAGCUUAAGCUUCAGUUCUUCCCAAUCGAUGAUACUACUCGAAGAGCCAUGGAAUUGGAUAAGCGUAAUCCUUACCUAGAGCUCACUCUCAGUGCCCGCAAGAAAAUAUCAUCUGUAUUGGAACAUCUGAACCGGAAAUGGGGCGAUUCCUGUGUGGCAUUGGGAGAGCUAAUGCUUUUCCCCUAUGCUGCUAACAUAGAUAACCUUUUGGGUGAUCAGAGAUGGACUCAACAUUCUACUGUCAGUGCAGCCGAUGUAUAUAAUUCACUUGGCAGGCCACCAGUAUUUCGUUUGAGAUAUGGUUGGUUUUCUGAUUCCGGAGGUGCUGCUGCACUGUUGCAAGCACAUUCAAAAUUAACAAAUGAUGAAGUUCAGAAACUUAUGGAUGUCCGCAAGGAUCCUCUAGCCGUAGUGAAUGGAAAUUCUGCCAGAGAAUCCCCUCCGAUGGAGAUACCAAGUGACAUUAAUGGGUAUGUUUCCCAGGGGCCCAAGUGUAAUUCGUCGAUUCCUCCUGAAAAUAACUUAUUAUGUUCAAGGAAGGGCACUGAUGAAGCAACUAAUAUGAAACAAAUGGAAGAUGGGAAUGUGCUGGGACUGACCAAUAGCACCACAUUAUCUGCUGGAGAAUGGGCUGAUAGCCUCACAAACAUCAGUGUUGGAGACCUCCUCUCCGAUGUGCCUAACGAUUGUAAUACCAGCAACAUUGUGCUGCCUAUGGCUCAAAAUGAUCAAUGUCUUCAGCAGAUCCCCUUUAGUUGUGAUUCAUUCGAUGCUGCUAUUGCUGCCCACAUAUCGAAACAUCAAGACAAGUUGGGGUUUCUACCCCCAGUCCAGUCACAAACGUCAUCAAUCUGGGAUGCUGAUGAAACAUGUGAUGCCUUCUCCUUUCAAAGGAGUCGCAUUCUUUGUCAAGAAGUUCCUACAACGUCCAGUUCGUCUCCCCGUGCAGCUGGUGAACAGGAGGUGCAUAAUAAGGAACGACUAAUCGAUUACUCUGGUGAUGGAGAUCCCAUGGACGAAGGUCCAUGUGAACCAGAAGUAAUGGAUACCUUGGGAAAAGAUUUCAGUGCACUCGCAGACAUCUAUUGGCCCGACUCACUGGGGCCUUUAGAUCUGGACACACCGUCAUGUAAAUACCAUAGUGAAGAUAUAAUACUCGGCGACAGCCUUGGUGGGUUGAAUCGUCUGAUAGCGAGCAGCUUGGAUGCUUUUCAAAGUUGUUCCUUCUUAGGGCUGGAAAAGAAAGAUUCAGCAUCGACAUUAGAAGCACGAGACAGUAGCUCAUUUUCAGAUUUUAAAGUUGGUGGUGGGGUAUGAAGCUCCUUUCUUUUGAGACAUUACCAUGCUAUGAGGAAAAAGUAUGACAGCAAGCAUGCUGAAGAUGAAAUGAUGAUGACGAAGAUGGAACUUGGUUUAUAUACAUAUAACGGGGACUGAUGUUUUUGAAUUAGUUGACUGGAAGAGUGUGCUGAAGGAAUGAUGAUAUAUGGCCAAGAUAAAGAAAAAGUGACAACUUGCUGCCCCUAGCUUCUUCUCAAUCUUCUGCCUUUGUACAAAUGCAAAAAGAACCGAAACUGACUUGCAAUAUAUGCUUGCAGUGCGCAAGGUUUCUUGUACUAUUACUUAUGUUUUCUGUAAAUUUGCCUCCCCAACCCACCAACUGUUUAUGAGUAAACGUCCUAGUAGCCCGCCCCAUCUGGUAGGAGAGAUGUGUUUCCUUGGUGGUGCUAUAUCUAAUCUUCAUGUAUUGGAGUCGGAAUCGAAAAGAAAGAGAGACAUCUCCACAUGACCGAGUAUGUUGAUCUUCCUCUCAUUUAUAUAAUUUGAACAAAAAUAAAUGUAAGUCGUAAGAGGAAUAUUGUGUGAUUUCUGCCAUGAUCAGGGCAGUCCAGAAAGUUCAAACCCCCUUUUCUCAGUUGUCAGUUCAG